GGUGUAGAUUGGGUGACGCAGUUCACAUCAAGACUGCUUCACUAUAUUAUAUUCCUGGAGGCUUGCCAUGCAAACAGCAAGCGACGGCAGGGCACAGGCAGUUCUGUUUUUACAUAGGUCUUUCUUCUUGGCAAGAUAUGUCUUCACGCGGUACAACGGAGACGAAUGUACUUCAGCAAAAUUUGCAAGAUCAACUUGACAGACUUGUGCAGCAACUUGUCGAUUUGGAGGAAUCUAAGGAUGAUUUUGAACUAGAUGAAUAUGAAGAACUGAAAAAUGAAACUAUUGAGCAAUUGAAAGAAAUGAAGGAGUCUUUAUCAAAGAUGGUUAAAGGAGAUAUAACGCUUGUUGACAGCGUGAAUGCGAUGCAGUUGGCAAUACAAGCAGCCAUAAGUGAAGCUUUCAAGACACCUGAAGUCAUAAAAUUAUUUGCAAAAAAAGAACCUGGGCAACUUCGCACAAGAUUGAAAGAAAUCGAUAGAGAUCACAAAAUAGGCAAAGUAUCUAAAGACGCCUACACACAAAUAAAACUUGAAAUUUUAACAGCUGUGAAAAAACUCGGAAGUGAGAUCUCACCAGAAGAAGAAAUGUUUCUAUCGCAGUGCAGUGGAACCUCCUUAUCAGCAUUUCAGGAAACUGACAACAGCAUAAAGUCUGCUGAAAAUUUAAUUCAAAAAAAUGGCUGAGCAAUUCAAUCUCUUCAUGUAGGUUUACAAACCGCACUGUGCAAUAAGUGAUCUACAAUUUGGAACUUCAAUCACAAAGUAUUUCAAGUUUCCCCCUUUUGAACCAACUGUUUACUUGUGUAUAGUUCCUUUAGAAUUGCUACAUCUCUCUGAUAAAGCUUUUUUUCUCGUUCUCCUGUUUCCUUUGAUGGUCUUUCAGAUACAGUUUGCAUAAUCUAGAAAAUUUAUAAAUUAUUGUUGUUUAUUUAUUCCAUGCGAUUUCAACUCAGAAUCAAUCUUUUUGCAACAUAUUAGUAUUAAGCAAUUGAAUGUUGAUAAAUAUUUAAAAUUGAUAAGUAAAUAUAUGUGGUCACAAAUAAAAUAAAAAAACUAAAUAUAUAGUUUUAUUUGAAUUUUUUUUUGAUCUCCGAAUAUAUUCAUAAUAGUUUAUUAUUGCCAUCCCUGAUUGAUCGCAAAAUUAAAUUUUAUAAAAAGGGUUGGUAGCCUGCAAUCAACCACUGAACCACAUCCAUAUUACUUACAGCAUUCAGAAUCAGCAAUUUUUGACAAUAUUUUAUUAUAAUCCAGGUUUUUAGUUAUUA